AUGAAGGAAGAGCCAAAGAAUGAGACAUUGAAGAAUUGGGAGAAGAUGCCGUCUUCACCAAAACGAGUUGGAAAGUCUCUGAAAAAGAAGAGAGGAAGCCCAAGCUUUAAAGUCCCAAAACGUCGUCGUCCAAGUCGCCUCUUUGUUUGCGCUACCGUGGUUCAUGAUGUCAUGUUUAAUAAGUUCGAAGUGAAGGAACUUACACUUGUUCAAAAAAAAAAAAAAAAAGUGAAGGAACUUACACAUGCUGAGAGACCUGAUCGUCUUCGAGCUAUAGCUGCCAGUCUUGCCACAGCUGGCCUUUUUCCUGGUAGAUGCUAUUCUAUUCAUGCAAGGGAAAUCUUCAAUCAAUGGUUUAUAUUUUCAAUUUUGGAGGCACAAACUUUAGAACAUGUUGAUGCUGUUGAUAUUACAAGCCAGCUUCACAAUACCUACUUCACCUCUGACACAUAUGCUAAUGAGUAUUCAGCACGUGCUUCUAGACUUGCAGCAGGUUUGUGCGCUGAUCUAGCUAAAGAAAUUCUCUCUGGCCGUGUAAAUAAUGGUUUCGCUUUGGUUAGACCUCCUGGUCAUCAUGCUGGCAUCAAACAUUCUAUGGGGUUUUGCCUUCACAAUAAUGCUGUUGCUGCAUUAGUAGCACAAGCAGCAGGGGAAAAGAAGGCGCUGAUUGUGGACUGGGAUGUCCAUCAUGGAAAUGGAACCCAAGAGAUCUUCAAACAAAACAAAUCUGUAUUGUACAUUUCCUUGCACAUACAUGAAGGAGGAGAAUUCUAUCCGGGUACUGGAGCUGCUGAUGAAGUUGGUAGAAAUGGUGGUGAAGGCUAUUGUGUAAAUGUUCCAUGUAGCUGUGGUGGAGUUGGUGAUAAAGACUAUAUCUACGCCUUUCAGCAUGUACUUCUUCCAAUAGCUUCUGCAUUCUCUCCCGAUUAUGUCAUCGUAUCAGCAGGAUUUGAUGCAGCUAGAGGAGACCCACUAGGAUGCUGUGAUGUGACUCCGACUGGUUAUUCUCGAAUGACACAGAUGUUAGGUGAACUGUGCGGUGGGAGAUGUUCCUCCUCUUGA